AUGAACAAGGGCUUGAGUGGCUCAGGUACAGGCCUUUCCAGCCCCCCUUUGGCAGCACAGACAGUGGUCCCCCUGAGGCACUGUAAGAUCCCAGAGCUGCCUGUGGAGAGGAGUGUCCUGUUCGAGCUCCAGCUCUUCUUCUGUCACCUCGUCGCUCUCUUUGUCCACUACAUCAACAUCUACAAGACGGUGUGGUGGUACCCACCCUCCCACCCUCCCUCCCACACAUCACUGAACUUUCACCUUAUUGACUUCAACGUGCUGACGGUGACAACCAUCGUCCUGGCCCGGCGGCUCAUCAGUGCUAUUGUGAAGGAGGCUUCCCAGAGUGGCAAAGUGUCCCUGCCCCGCUCCGUGUUCCUGGUGGUCACUCGGUUUGCCGUCCUCACCGGCACGGGCUGGAGCCUGUGCCGAUCCAUCAUCCACCUCUUCAGAACCUACUCCUUCCUCAACCUCCUGUUCCUGUGCUACCCGUUCGGGAUGUACAUUCCCUUCCUGCAGCUGAACUGUGACCUGCGCAAGGCGGGGCUGUUUGCCCAGGUGGCCAACAUCGGCCCCAGGGACACGGGCGAGGUGGGGGCCCGGGGCAGGGACUACCUGACGGUGCUCAAAGAGACGUGGAAGCAGCACACGAGGCAGAUGUACGGCAUGGAGGCCAUGCCCACCCACGCCUGCUGCCUCUCCCCGGACCUCAUCCGCAACGAGGUGGAGUACCUCAAAAUGGACUUCAACUGGCGCAUGAAGGAGGUGCUGGUGAGCUCCAUGCUCAGUGCCUACUACGUGGCCUUCGUGCCCGUCUGGUUUGUGAAGAACACUCAGUACUACGACAAACGCUGGUCCUGUGAGCUCUUCCUGCUGGUUUCCAUCAGCACCUCCGUGAUCCUCAUGCAGUACCUGCUCCCUGCCCGCUACUGUGACCUGCUCCACAAGGCUGCAGCACACCUGGGCUGCUGGCAGAAGGUGGAUCCAGCCCUCUGCUCCAACGUGCUGCAGCAUCAGUGGACUGAGGAGUGCAUGUGGCCGCAGGGGGUGUUGGUGAAGCACAGCAAGAACGUGUACAAGGCCGUGGGGCACUACAACGUGGCCGUGCCCUCCGAUGUCUCGCACUUCAGGUUCCACUUCUUUUUCAGCAAACCACUGAGGAUCCUCAACAUCCUGAUCCUGCUGGAAGGGGCCGUCAUCUUCUACCAGCUUUACUCGCUGAUUUCUUCGGAGAAGUGGCACCAGACCAUCUCCCUGGCUCUGAUCCUCUUCAGCAAUUACUACGCCUUCUUCAAGCUGCUGCGUGACCGUCUGGUGCUGGGCAAAGCCUACUCAUAUGCUGCCAGCAGGGACUCAGAGCAGAAGUUAAAUUAAAACAAUUGCACUGAUGCUGAGCUUGUUACAGAACAAACAAAACAAGAAACCCUCAGAGCUUUGUAUUUUUGUUACCAC